AUUAUUCAGCGCUCUGCUGCAAUUUUUUUUGUAUUUUGCGCUGCUUGGGCGCAGUUUAAUUUCUCCUUCCUCAUACUAAAUAUGCGAACAAACCGGCUCUUUUGCUUCGAGAAAGAGUCUCAACAAGUCAACAAAGGGGCCGAAAGGGUUGUUCAAACACGAAUGGGUAACCAAGUUUCCCUAAAAAGCAGACCAAGAAGUAGCUCGCAAAAUGACGCCAGUUCGAAAAUGGCGAAAGACAAGUGUCCACGAACCGAGAAGAUAACAAGUACAAAGCCAGAGACUAUGAUAUUGAAAAGGAGACGCAUGUGAGAUGACGUAAUUGCAAUUUAGAGAACUCGUGACCAGUGUCACGUGACUUGCAAGAUCUUCGACAGCGUGCGACAUGUGAAAGGUUUUAAAAAGUGCGGAAAGGGUUAAAAAACACUGUAACUGUCUGGACUUUGGGUCCAUUACUUCCAGCAUAUUAAAGCGUUGUUUAAAAUCAGUCGUUCGAGCCUGGCAACAUUUUGGCGACCCUGCCAGGACGAACAGUUCGUGUGGAAAUUCGUACUCACAAACAGAUGUGAUCGAAGGAAAUUACCGAUCGACUGCUUGGCUUGUGUAUCAUCUUCUGCGGUGGAAUAUAUGUUGUUGAUUCUGUGACAAGAAAGGUCUUACGGUAGUCGAAACAACCAAGAUGAAUUCAGAGCUCGAAGAACUGCAACUUCAAGUUGAGGGAGGAAUUUGUAAGCUCCCGAUAUCGGAAAUGGAGCAGCUAGCGGAGCACGUGGGCCUGGAAUCAAAGGAAUACAAAGGGAAAAGUAAGCUUGCCAUGUCACGGAUCGUUCGUUCGAAAGUCGAGGAUGAGCUUGGAAAAGCCGAAGACAAGACUGAGUAUCUCACAGCACUCCAGAAUUUUAUCUCUGGGACACCACCACCACUCGAAGAAUCAUCGAACAGCGAGGAUCAAAACAAAGAAUCUGUGAAAGCACUAAUGACGGAAUACGAAACUCUACGUAAACAAUUCGAGGCAAUGAUGGCGUCUUGCAAAAAGAAAAUGGAGGAGGCAUCGGUAAAAUUCGAGGACGAAAAAUCGACUACGCCAGCUGCUACAACUUCAAAGCCAAAGGAAGGUAGCGUAGUGUCACUUGUAGAUGUAAAAACUGCUCUUCGGAGAGAUUUUAAGAUUGUGGGUGUCAUUGGAGGGGAGGAACAGAAGGACCGGUUGUCCUUCGUCAGUUUAAUCCGCCAGAUUGAUACAGGGCUAGAGAAAGCAUACAAAGAACGGGAGAUUAUUGACGGUGUUAUCCGUGCUAUCAGCCCCAGCUUAAAGUUAAGGUCAUACUUAGAAACCAUGAAGGAACUUACCCUGCCGAAAUUAAGACAAAUGUUACGAGCCCAUUACAAACAGAAGUCGGGCACGGAACUAUACCAAGAACUAACAACCAUGUGCCAGUCACCAAAGGAAACUCCCCAAGACUUCUUAAUCCGGGCCCUCGAUAUAAGGCAGCAGGUUCUCUUUGCAUCCCAAGCUGGGAGUGGCACCGUGAAAUAUGAGCCUUCUCUAGUACACCCCCUGUUUCUACAUGCUGUAGAGACCGGCCUGCAGGAUGAAGCUGUCCGAAACAAACUGCGACCGUUCCUCCAGAAAGCAGAGAUUACUGACGAAGAAUUGAUGGAACAAAUCAAUGUGGCUGUUUCUGAAGAGUCUGAGCGGAGGGGAAAGCUUGGCGCUUCUAACUACAAGAACCUAAGGGUGAAUGUCUUGGAAGCAGACGGUGAAAAGGUCGAACCAGGAGGUCAGCGACAAUCAAAGAAGGCUGGCACGAAAAAGGAACCGAAACCUGACAGGCCUGACAGACUCAUGGUCACCUUGGAGGCUGUUCAAUCGGAUAUUGCUGUCCUGAAAGAAGCUCUAGGUUCCCAGAAUGCACCUGAAAGAGAAAGGGCUCGAUACACGUAUCCAUAUGACAACCAAAGGAGACGGCUCUGCGAAGCGUGCCAAAGGGCCAACCAAUAUUUCUGUGACCACUGUUUCGCUGUGGUUCAAGUGACCAUUUUGCACGAGGGUGUCGUAGGGGUGUGGCAGGAACUACCCAUCAGGGAAACCGAAGGAGGCUGCAACCGCUGGACAGGGAGUAGCUGUUGACCACAUAAAACAGUCCCAUGUUUGUGUCAACUGUGGCAGGAAAGGGGUAUCUCUAAAGCAAUGUUCUUGUUGUCAUUCGGUGCACUACUGUUCUCAGAAAUGCCAAAGAGCCCACUGGAGGAGGCAUAAGCAACUGUGUAGCGCCAUCAAGUAUCUAUCAAACCAGGAGAGAAAGGAUGUUACUGGCGAUGGCAUGUAUGUUAGUCACCUAACACCGAAUCAACACGCCAAAGUAGUUAAAUUGGUGGGAAAGAGAUGUAUGGUUCAGUGUGUUAUGAACAAUGUUCAGACUGAAGCUCUGUGGGACACCGGUGCCCAAGUUUCUAUUGUUUCUAAGGAUUGGGUUGCUCAGAACCUGCCCACAGCUGAGAGACGCCAAAUUAACGAACUGUUAGAUAAAGGACUUGAUCUGAAAGCUGCCAAUGGUAGUGAAAUCCCAUAUGAAGGCUGGAUUGAAGUUUCAUUCAAACUUGCGACCUCGGACGACAAACCUGGUAUGUCAGUACCCUUCCUGAUUUCUACGGAUCCUUUGGACCACCCUAUUGUCGGAUACAAUGUCAUUGAAGAAAUUGUUAAAAACCCGGAUAGUCAUUUUCGUAACAGCCAUGAAGAGACACUACUCAGCGCCCUUAACUCUAGCCUUCCGAAUGCAAAGCAAGAGAAUGUUGAAGCUUUGAUUAAUCUCAUUAGGACAACCACUCCAAGUGAACUGUGUAGCGUGAAAGUAACGAAAAGAGAUGUGUUAGUUCAAGAAUGAGACAAUGGUAGUCACUUGCUCAUGAAUACUGGCCCAAUCGAAUCAAGAUUUCCAGUAUUGUUCGAACCAGAUGUUGAGUCACCUUGGCCAUCAGGGCUUGAAGUCCCAGAAACAUUAGUAACGCUCAGAGGUGGCGCUUCAUCACGAGUUGGCAUUCAAGUGAGAAAUAUCACAGACCAUGACAUCAUCUUGAAAAACAGGACGGUAUUAGGCAAACUUGAACUAAUUAAAUCCGUAACACCGCUUGAAGUACGGAAGAGAGAGGAGGAGGAAAGUUCAGCAGACUGUGUUCUUCAUGCAGACAAGUUAUUGGCAGAGGAUGAACAGCAGAGAAGGAAACCUCAAGCGCCUGUUAUGCAGGGAUGUCAAAGUGAGACUAGUAAUCCACUUCCAGAUGUGGAUUUAGGAGACCUGUCAAGAGAUCAGAAAACUGUAGUAUUGAACAUGUUAAGAGAGGAAGCAGACUCCUUUUUCGAAAAAUGAUGAGGAUGUAGGGUGCGCAGAAGGUCUACAGCUCAAUAUUAACUUGUCAGACAGUCGUCCAGUUCAGAAGAACUACACAGCAGUGCCAAAGCCCUUGUACCCAGAAGUUAAACAAUAUGUUGAAGAUUUACUCAAUCGUGGAUGGGUGCGGAAGUCUCGCUCGCAUACUCGUCACCAGUGGUAUGUGUUAGGAAAAAGGAUGGUUCUCUGCGACUAUGUGUGGACUUUCGUGAGCUGAACAAGAGAACAGAACCCGACCGACACCCACUUCCACGUGUACAAACGACGAUCGAGAAUUUGGGGGGAACAAGUGGUUUUCUUUUUAGACCAAGGCAAGGCUUACCACCAGGGAUUUGUUAACCCUCAGUGCCAACAUAUGACUGCAUUUGUGACGCCUUGGGGUCUUUACGAGUGGGUUCGGAUCCCGCUCGGUCUCAGGAACGCUCCGCAGAAUUUCAAAGAUACAUGGAAAACUGUCUAGACGGACUCAGGGAUAAUAUUUGUGUGCCUUACCUGGACGAUGUGAUUGUCUUUAGUAAGACUUUCGACGAACACGUAGAAAAUUUACGAACAGUUUUAUGGAGGCUGCGUUCACAUGGAAUAAAGCUUAAAGCCAAAAAAGUGCAAGUUGUUUCAGAGAGAGGUUAAUUAUCUGGGCAGAGUUGUAUCGGCAGAUGGAUAUCGAGUUGAUCCUUCAAACACCAAAGCGGUUCUUGCACUGAAAGAAACUAGUCCGAAAACGGUUGGAGACGUCCGGAAACUCUUGGGCUUGUUGGGAUACUACCGCAGGUACAUCCAGGACUUCUCGAGGGUUGCGCAACCGCUAUUCAAACUCCUGAAAACACCAGAGAUUAAUGGUAAGAGACCUCCGAUGGAAACAGCAAGGCGUGGUCAGAAAGGACAUGGGACACAAGCACAAUCUAACCGUACCAUCUAUUGGACACAGGAACACCAAGGGGCGUUGGAGAGACUUUUGGACUGUCUUGUUAACCCGCCAAUCCUCGGAUACCCGGAUUAUAGCCUUCCAUUUGUUCUGCACACAGAUGCGUCGAACGACGGCCUUGGCGCAGUACUUUAUCAGCGCCAGUCUGGAAUCAUGCGUGUAAUAGGAUACGGAUCCAGGACCCUUACCCCGCUGAGAGAAACUACCACCUUCACUCUGGGAAAUUGGGUUUCUAGCUUUGAAAUGGGCCAUCUGUGAACAGUUUAGGGAUUACUUGUACUAUGCGCCAUCAUUUACAGUUUACACUGACAACAACCCCUAACCUAUGUUUUGUCCACUGCUAAACUUAAUUCAACCGGACAUCGCUGGGUGUCAGAACUUGCAGAUUACAAUUUUGAUAUCAAGUAUCGCCCGGUAAAGUGAACAAGGAUGCUGACACAUUGUCAAGAUUUCCUUUGGAUAUCAACCAGUACAUCCCUAGCUGUACCCAGGAGACAUCGCAGGAGGUGAUCAGUGCGACAUUGUCUGGUAUAAUGGCACUACAGGAUGGUGGGACGGUUUGGAUAACCGCGGUCAGUGACAGGACUGAGAUGUUGAACUUUGAUUCUGAUCUUCUCGAUUUCAGUAAAUAUGACAAGAUUGAGCCCCGCGUUAUUCUGGAAAGUCAGCAGCGAGAUCCAAGUAUUGGCAGAGUGUUGGCAUACAAAUUAAAUGGACACAAACCGCAGCCCAUGAAAUUUGUAAAGAACGCCUGUACACCAGAAAGUUGCUGCGUGAAUGGCCAAAGUUGGAGGUUGGAAAAGAUGGGCUUUUGAGAAGAAAGUGUGGAGAGUAUUUACAGUUGGUGCUGCCGAAGACAUUCCACUCAUUGGUGUACAAGGAGUUACAUCAGGAGAUGGGUCAUUUGGGGGUGGAGAGAGUGCUACAAUUAGCUCGUGAGAGGUUUUACUGGCCCUACAUGCAGCGUGACAUUACUCACUUUGUGACUCGGGUGUGCAGUUGUCUGAAGCAAAGGCGACCAAAUAUCUCCACUCGUGCUCCUCUCCAACCUAUUGUCACAAAUGCACCGUUUGAGUUAAUAUCCAUAGACUAUCUGCACCUGGAAAGAAGCUCUGGCGGUCACGAAUACAUUCUGGUCAUCGUUGAUCACUUCACACGAUUCGCACAAGCGUACCCCACAAGAAACAAGUCAGCCCGCACAGCAGCCGACAAGCUGUACAAUGAUUUUAUGCUCCGUUUUGGAUUUCCGGCCAGUAUUCUGCAUGACCAGGGAAGGGAGUUCGAGAACAAGUUGUUUCACCAGCUACAGCAGUUGUGCGGGAUGAUCCGUUCAAGGACUACGCCCUACCACCCUCAAUGCAACGGUAAAGCAGAAAGAUUUAACCAAACAUUACUGUCCAUGCUAAGAACUCUACCCGAAGAAAAGAAGAGUAAGUGGCAUGAGCUUUUGCCCAAGGUUGUUCACGCAUACAAUUGCACCAAGAGUGAAUCCACUGGGUAUUCACCAUUUUACCUCCUCUUUGGACGCUCGCCACGUUUGCCAAUUGAUAUCAUCCUGGGUACAUCACCGGGGUCAAUGACAGGAAACCACAUCACCUAUGUCAAAAGAUGGAAGUCUGCUAUGACGGAGGCGUACUCAUUAGCUGCAGAGAAAUCCCGCAUGUCAUCCGCUAAGGGGAAACAGUUUCAAGAUCGCAAGGCACACUAUACAAACCUGGAACCUGGGGACAGAGUUCUCGUCCGAAACCUGUCAGAGCGUGGGGACCUGGUAAAUUGCGGGCUUACUGGGAAGAUCAGAUUCACGUUGUGGUAGAACGAAAAGGAGACAAUCCUGUCUACGAAGUGAAGACUGAAGGAGGAAACAAAAAGCAUCGCGUUCUGCACAGAAACCUGCUACUUCCAUGUGACUUUCUACCGGUAACUCCAGAGCAAGAACAUCGAACAAUUAACAAGACUCGGCGUGGAUCUAGGAUCGCAAGGCAAACGCGCGAUGCAUUACAGACAAGUACGGAUAGCGAGACGGAUGAUGCUGAACACCUAACACAUUCACCAAUGGAACUUGACGGAUUGUCUUGUCCGGUGGAAAGAGUCAACCCUGAAACCAGCACUGCCUCUGGUCAACAUGUACCAAUAGACACUGAUGUCCAGACCCCGUCUAAUGAGCUGCAGUCUGUAAAUGACCAUGAACCAACAGAUGUGAAUCACUCUGACUCUGCUGAGAAUCAAGACACCUCACAUGUGUCAGUGCCAGAGGAUCCGGGUCCUGGGCAAGAGCCAGAAUUUCUAUCAGAACCGGAAUUGGAACAACCGGAACCAGACCUGGCACAAAGUCGUCCCCAGCGUGUCCGUCAUCCGCCAAGAAUGUUUACAUACGAUACACUGGGAGAGCCAACUAUCUGUGGUGUCCGGGCCGCUUCAAACCCUGUCCCUGGAUGGUGCUGUCAACCAUUCCAAUCACCCUGGAUACAACCUAUGUUUCAGUACCCUGCACAACCAUAUUAUGGUCCUCUGGCAUACCCACCCUGUAUACAGAUGAUUCAUGUGUAAUUUGCAUGCACAUAUUGACUGCCCAAGACUCUCAUUGACGUUGUUGUUGAACUGAUUAUUUAAUUACCUGCCUUUUGUGCUGUUGUGCCUUUCAAACAGGCGAAUGAAUGAUAUUGUUAUCAUGGAACUAUGACUGUGCCUAGUCAUUUAUUGAAUCACGUGCGAACAGGGAUAGGUUUUGAUUACGUAUUUGCAUAAGUUUUGUUGUAUAAAAUACCGGAGUAAUGCAUGAGAUUUGUUGGGAGGCGAGAACUCCACUGAACAUUGUAACAAAUGUCACAGAGGACAUUUUUAAAGUCGGGGAGUGUGUGAGAUGACGUAAUUGCAAUUUAGAGAACUCGUGACCAGUGUCACGUGACUUGCAAGAUCUUCGACAGCGUGCGACAUGUGAAAGGUUUUAAAAAGUGCGGAAAGGGUUAAAAAACACUGUAACUGUCUGGACUUUGGGUCCAUUACUUCCAGCAUAUUAAAGCGUUGUUUAAAAUCAGUCGUUCGAGCCUGGCAACACGCAGUUACAGUGAAUGCGAUAAUCUAGCAAACGAAAGACAAAUUACGUGCAAAAAACUAAAAGUUAAUCAGCUGUACACGGUCUACUGCGGGCGAAAUUCUUUUAUGGCAGCCUUUUUCAGGCUACUCGGUAAGUUUAAAUCCCGUCAAGCUAGGUCAAGAUGAAGGUCAUUGCUCAUGCUAGUAACGUCCUGUUAGUGACACAAGCCCGAUUGAAACUAUUUUUUUGUAUAUGAGAACUGAAAAGUUAGCACCAUGGAUAGUAUCCAUGUAAGCACUGAAUUUUUUUUUUCGUCAAUAAUGCAGAUGAUGAUGUCAUUCAAGAUUUUCUAUGGAUGGACAGUUGUGCAAUAAUAUCAGACAAGGUAAAUGUUAAAACACCGCUUCAAUGCGCCUCCUGGCGCAAAGAGAUGAUGAUGUUAUUAAGCUUUGACUAUUUCUUUUUUUCCUGCAGUAUCUGCUGGCCAUGGUUUACGCAUACUUCAGGAGGGCAGAACUAGGAAGGCGUGAAUACAAUAGAAUGAAUUUUUUCAUAGCUCUGUAAGCACAAAAUUUAGUGUUCAAAAGUCAAGGAAUUGAGAAAUGUUUUCUUAACAACUGCUUCACUUUCCAGGUACCUUGCAAACGAUAUGGAAGAGGACGAAGAAGAAGAAAAAUACGACAUCUUUCCUUGGGCCUUGGGGAAAAACUGGCGUGAACUCUAUCCCAAUUUCCUUCGAAAAAGAGACGUGUUUUGGAAACGGAUCGACUACCGUGCUGUUGUCAGCAAACUGACCUGUGAUGAGGUAAUAUACUACAUUAACACUAAAUUUUUUCGUCCAGGUUAAAUCAUUCACUGACCUUCAUCCAAACUUAUUUUAACAAAAGCGCUAUAAGCUUUAUACCUUAACUUUCAUAAUAAACAAUAAAUGAAUGAGGCUGAGUUUCUUAUGAAGAAUUAUGGAGAUCGAGGAGAGUGUUAUCCGUCGAAAGCCGAAUUCAAUAAUUGUUUUAUUAUUUAUUCAAAAUAAUUCCUAGUUUUAUAUCAUAGCUAAAACAUGCUUACCUCUAUCGAUGUUAAGUUCAUCUUCGAUAGUGCACGUUUAGGGUUGUUCAGCUCCACAAAUAUUCUCCAAAUAGCAGAUCGAUGUCGCCCUUCGAGUUGUACUUCUUGCUGUUCUUACCAUGUUUUAAGUCAUUAUUUCGCCUAGUUCUUACUCUUGAAACGAGUGAAAUGUCCGCCAUUUUUGUUUUCGCAAACAAAACAACUCAAACUCGUCCCCACGUCUUCUCAGUUAACGAUGCAUUAAUCUGCAAGGAAGCUGCACUUUUGACGUCAUCGGUCAGGAGCCGAAUCGGCUCCUGCGGCGGUUGAUUAAUUGCAAAAUUCUUCCAGAUUUGGUUCUCAGUAGCUGGUUAUGGUGAAUUAUGCGGGUGCUUUUAGCCAAUCAGAAUCGGGGAAAUAUUUUGAAUGAAUAAUGAUAACUAAUCCUGGAUGGAGAACAAUAGUACAUUUUAAUUCCGCAAUAAAACGAAGAAGGAUUUUUUCUUUUCAGAUCAUGUCUAUUGUAUCAGACCAUCCAGUCUGGCAGCGUACAAGACGGGGUCACCAUGGUGGAGCAUGGAGAGACUAUAUGAGAGACACAAACAGCUUAUGUACAAGUCCAAGAGGCCCUGGAACCGCACCUUUUCAGUGUUCCAAAUGUGAUGAUGACCCUCCAAGUGAAGAAGAUUCGCCCAUGAUGACCUCUGACUACUGUAGCUGUUCCUCGCAGUCUUCUUCGGAAGAUGAGAAUUUUAAUACGAGCUUUAAUAUGCAAGGUAUACAAAUAAAUAUACCAGAGUUAAAAUUAGCGGGACCUAUCCCUACUCAACUCCUUUUCCUAAAUUUU